AUGGCGGUGGGGGCGCAGCAGCCGAGCAUAGUGCUCACAGAGCUGGAGCAGCGGAUUUUCGGGCGCCUUCUCGAUGUUGUCCACCACCGAGGCCUCGGCACCCAGCUCCGCGUCGCCGGCGGAUGGGUCAGAGACAAGCUAUUGGGGAAAGACUCUACCGACAUCGACAUCGCGCUUGAUGAUAACAUGACCGGCGUAAAAUUUUGUGGGGAAAUAACUAAGUACUACAAGGUGAUCGGUCAGGAGCUGGAAGAACCUUGUAUUAUCCCAUGCAAUCCUGGCCAAUCUAAGCACUUGGAAACCGCAAGGAUAUGUCUAUCUGACAUCUCUAAAAUCUCGAUUGAUUUUGUCAACUUGAGGACCAAAAAAUAUGCUGAAAACAGUCGUAUUCCCACUGUGGAGGAUGGUACGCCUGAAGAAGAUGCAUUCCGCAGGGACCUGACAAUUAAUAGUUUAUUCUAUAAUAUCAACACGAAAUCGGUGGAAGAUUUAACUCGAAGAGGUCUUGAAGAUCUGAAGGCAGGCCUUAUUGUUACUCCUUUACCAGCCAAAGUUACAUUCCUCGAUGAUCCCCUGAGGGUUCUUCGAGCAAUCCGAUUUGCUGCUAGAUUCAGCUUUACAUUAGCUGAAAAUUUAAGGGAAGCCGCUUCUGAUGAAAAAGUGAAGUUGAAUCUUGGUAGCAAGAUUAGCAGAGAACGUAUUGGUCAGGAGGUUGAGCACAUGAUGUCAGACAAAUAUCCGGUUGAUGCAAUGUGCCAUAUCCGUGAUUUGGGAUUAUUUUACGUUGUUUUUGCAUUUCCUGAGAAAACAGUUCCUCCAGUUCUCAACAAACAUGAUUGGCUAUGUGUUUCACAUAUUGAAGCAGCAUGGAAUCUUGCACAAUCAAUUGGCUGCUCUGUUUUCAGAGGUGGUUCUGGUUCAAUGUCGCAGGAUGAACAGAGAAGGCUUUGCAUGUAUAGUGCACUAUUUACUCCAGUUCGAAAUAUGGUGUACACGAAGAAAAAGGAGGUUGUUCGCUAUAUUAUUGGAAACUCUCUAAAGUUGAAUGGUUCUGAUGCUGAAGCAAUUGUCCGAAUACAUGCUGCAAGUGACAAGUUUGCCGAUUUAAUUAUUUUCCUCGAGUCAAACGGAAAUCUGGAAACUGUCAAAGAGAACCCGAACGACAAAUAUCUUGAGAUACCAACAGACAUGGUAGCACGUGUUUUGGCAGGACUUACACUCCUUGGAAUAAAGGACCUUUGGCGUCUGGCGCUGUUGAUAUCCACUCUGUCAUAUCCAGAAGUCCUCAGUGCUAAUGGUUCCUUAAGCCAGCAGGAUAAGCUAAAUAGAAGGAAAGAGAUAUAUAUCAGAGUUGAGCGUUUAAUAACCGACCUCGAUCUUGAAGGUGUAUGGAAGAUAGGUAUAAAACCGCUGCUCGAUGGGAACGACAUUAUGGGAGUUUUGGACAUCGGAGAAGGUCCCUUGGUUAAAGAAUGGAAAGAAAGGCUAGUGAAGUGGCAGCUUGCGCAUCCCAAAGGUACCGCGGAGGAGUGCCAUGAGUGGAUGAAGCAGUCCAAACUUCAGAAAAAAGAAAUGUAG